CUGCCCCGGAACCUUGGCGUGAUGACGCUGGUUUCCGGCGGGAUUUUUAGAGUGACGAACAGUUUUGGACCAAGCGACCAUGAGAGGCCCAGAGCUCGGGCCCCAAACAAGCAUGGAGGGGGACGUACUGGACACCCUGGAGGCCCUGGGGUAUAAGGGUCCAUUGUUAGAGGAGCAGGCGCUCUCCAAGGCAGCAGAGAGUGGACUGUCUUCACCUGAGUUUUCGGAGCUCUGCGUUUGGUUAGGCUCUCAAAUAAAGUCCUUGUGCAACUUGGAAGAAAGCAUCACUUCUGCCGGGAGAGAUGACCUAGAGAGCUUCCAGCUUGAGAUAAGUGGAUUUUUAAAAGAGAUGGCCUGUCCGUACUCGGUACUCGUAUCGGGAGAUAUUAAAGACCGCCUCACGACGAAGGAUGACUGCUUGAAACUUCUGUUGUUUUUAAGUACAGAACUUCAAGCUUUACAGAUAUUGCAGAAGAAGAAACAUAAAAAUUCUCAGUUAGAUAAAAACAGCGAAAUUUGCCAGGAAGUUCAAGCUGUGUGUGAUGCCCUUGGGGUCCCCAAGUCAAACACUUCUGACAUUCCACUCCUACUGAGCCAAGUGGAAUCAAAGGUGAAGGAUAUUCUCUCUAAAGUCCAGAAAAACCAUGUGGGAAAACCACUGCUAAAGGUUGAUUUAAGUUCAGAACAGGCAGAAAAACUGGAAAGAAUCAAUGAUGCUCUUUCCUGUGAAUAUGAAUGCCGCCGGCGGAUGUUAAUGAAACGGCUGGAUGUGACUGUGCAGUCGUUUGGGUGGUCUGAUAGAGCGAAGGCAAAAACAGAUAAUAUAGCAAGAAUUUACCAGCCCAAGCGGUAUGCCUUGUCGCCCAAGACAACAGUCACGUUGGCACAUCUACUGGCUGCCCGUGAGGAUCUGUCUAAGAUCAUCAGGACAAGCAGUGGCAUCAACCGGGAGAAGACAGCAUGUGCCAUUAAUAAGGUGCUUAUGGGCAGGGUGCCUGACAGGGGAGGACGGCCGAACGAGAUUGAACCCCCACCCCCUGAAAUGCCCCCUUGGCAGAAGAGACAAGAAGGCGGAGGGAGGGGUGGUUGGGGUGGUGGAGGUGGAGGUGGUGGUCGAGGAGGCGGUGGGGGUGGAAGAGGAGGAUGGGGUGGUGGAGGAGGAUGGGGAGGGGGUGGAGGAGGGGGAGGAGGGUGGGGAGGAGGUGGAGGAGGUGGAGGUGGUAGAGGAGGUUUCCAGGGCAGGGGAGAUUAUGGUGGGAGAGGAGAUUAUGGUGGGCGGGGGGGCUAUGGUGGGCGAGGGGGCUAUGGUGGAAGAGGUUAUGGAGAUCCAUAUGGAGGAGGAGGAGGAGGAGGAGGUGGGUAUAGAAGAUACUGAAGACUGCACAUGUUAGAGCACUGCUUACUAGUACAAUGUAGUGAUAGUGUUCCGAGGAGCAUACUUGAACAUCACCCUGAGGUAGAUCAUGGUAGUGUCUCUGAGGGUGGCACUCUUGAAUACAGAAGACCGUUUUAUACCACCAGGUGACCCUGCAACAUGAUGUUUUCCAUAUUCUGUGUACUCCAGCAUGCUGUGUCUUUUUAAAAAGAAAAAAAAAACCACCCAAAACUAUUUUUAAAAAUGUAAAUAUUUAUUACCAGCAACUUGGAAAAUGGAAUGUAUUUUAUUGUCAUGAUUGAAUUUAGACUGUAAACUGGUAUUUUGUUUAGGGUUGAAACACAAAUGACCCUCACCUGAAAUAGAAAGGAAUCUAGACCUUUGUUUUAUUUGUAUUCCUGUGGACCUGCCCUAUAUUGUUGAUUCUAUUUUACAAAACAGAGAAAGUGUCUAAUAUUUGUGCUUAGUAGGCAGUUGUCAUUUUUUAAUAGGAUGAAAUUCCUGCAGUUAGGUUUUUAUUAAAUUUCUGUUAACUAAA